UGGGCGGUACACCGGUGUCAUAGUCAUCACCGGUGUGACAUUGCGCCACGACAUGGAUUUUCUAAUACCGUCAAUACCGUAAUAAAUCAAUUAUGUUCCUUGAACGGCUGCAUUUACAUCAAUAAUAUCUAAUUCUAAAUAAUAAGGCAUUAAAUUUUCUUCAAACGUUCAGUUGUGGUCUGAAUACCUGUCCUUAUACUAUAUAUCUUGUUGUAAAUAAAAAAGUAAAACACAUUCGUAUCAGCCUUGCACGUGGUAGGUAAGCGGAGUGGCCAUUAAACGACUGGUGAAACAUCGUGAAGAAAGGUCGGGCCUGUAGCCUAUAUACUAUCUGAAAAGAGAUGAGUGAAGUGUCAGAACCAGACGGAGAGACCGAGGCCGCUGUAGAGGUAACUCUCGUUCCAAAAAGAGGAGGAACCUCCGUUAUUUGGAACUGGUUCGGUUUUAAAUCAUCCGACACGGAGCAAACUUCAGUAAUAUGCAAGGUUUGCCGCCGUGUUGUGACAGCAAGAGGUGGAAACACAAGCAACCUGUUUCAUCAUUUAAAAAACACGCACGCCCGUGAAUAUGAAGAGGCAACCCGGGCCAAAACGAGCGCAAGUGGGACCAGCAGCACCAGCGGAGCGCGUCCCAAGACUACACAGCUUUCACUGCAGGCAUCGUUUACUGCUGCUACACCUUACGACAAGAGUAGUAAGAAAUGGAAAGAUAUUACCAGGGCAAUUGCGCUAUAUAUCGCAAAGGACAUGGUGCCCAUUCAAACCAUAGAGAGAGAUGGCUUCAGACAUGUGGUUCACACUCUGGACUCAAGAUACGAGCUGCCUGGUCGGAAAUUUUUUAGCCAGAAGUGUCUGCCAGAGCUGUACACGGAGGUACGGGACAGAGUCAUGAACGAAAUUCGCCACCUUGAAGCCUACUCGGCCACUACUGAUUUAUGGUCCAGCCGAACUACUGAGCCAUACAUUAGCCUCACCAUCCACUUCAUUGACGAUGACUGGAAGUUGCGCAGCAGAUGCCUACAGACCGCCUUCUUCCCCGAAGACCACACCGGAGCAAUAAUUGCGUUAGGACUGAAGGAUGCACUUUCCGCCUGGGGCUUGGAUGAAGCGCGUCUGGUGUGCAUGACGACUGACAGCGGUGCAAACAUGGUGCGCGCUCUGGAAAUCAAUAAAUGGACGAGACUUGCAUGUUUUGGACACAGACUGCACAACGCUAUUGCUAAUAUUUUUAUCCGUUCUUUUUACUUCCCAGAGAGGAGUGUCCAACAUGAUGCUCGAGUUGCACGGGCCACAGGUAUGUGCAAAAAAGUGGUCAGCACAUUCUCCUACAGCUGGAAAAAGAAGAAUGCCCUGACCAGUGCACAGAGAGAGCUGAACCUGCCCCCCCACAAGCUGAUCACAGAAUCCCCAACAAGGUGGGGGUCCCGUGUCAAAAUGAUGGAAAGGGUGUUGGAGCAGGAGAAGGCCAUCACUCAAGUCCUGGCAGCAGACCAAAAGUCACGCCACCUUCUACCCACCUGGCAAGACAUUGAUGUGUUGGAGGCCAUAACCAAAGCACUGAAGCCUCUGCAAGAUUUUACAGAUGCCCUGUCAGGAGAGGAGUAUGUUAGUGUCUCCUAUGUUAAGCCAGUCCUCCAUCUACUCAAUACAAACAUUUUGAAGCCUGAAGAAGACAAAGCAGGACUGUGCGAGGACAUCAAGAAGAGGGUCUUGGAUUAUUUGAAUGAAAAAUACAAAGAUCCUGCCACUGAUGAGCUGCUCACCAUGGCAACAUUCCUGGACCCACGGUUCAAGACCACCUACAUGUCACCUGAAAAGUUGGAGGAAGUGAGGAGCAGAGUAGCUACAGAAACCAAAGCACUGGAGGAGAAGACAGCCACAGGUGCCUCUUCCACAGAGGACCAAAGCGAGAGGGAAACUAGCACUGCUCCUGUACAACUGAAAAAGCCCAAACACAGCCUGGGCAGUUUCUUCAAAAAGUGUAGCAGUGCACCACCAAAGCAGCAGGGCAUUGACAUGGAGCUAGAUGGCUACCUGCUGAUGGUGACGGCUGACAGUGACUCUGAUCCACUGGAGUGGUGGCGUCUCCAAUGUUCCCACUUCCCGCGCAUUAGCCGUCUGGCAAAAAAAUACUUAUGCAUCCCAGCCACAAGCUCACCCUCCGAGCGUGCAUUCAGCACAGGGGGCAAUAUUGUAACAAGCUCCAGGGCAUCACUGAAGCCAGAAAAUGUUGACAGGUUGGUGUUCCUGGCAAAGAACUUGAAUGUCUAGUUUCAUCAGAGUUCAGAUGAAGAGAGAGUUAGUUUUUGAGAAAAGUACACAUUAUUACACUGUUCUUGUGUUAUUACACUGCUAAUUUUUGUUUUGUUGUACACUGUUAAGUAAGAUCUUUAGGUUUUUUGCAAAAUAAAUGUUGAGAAUGCAUAAUACUCUCCCAUGUCUCUUUUUGAUAAGGAUACCUACCAUUUACUUAUUAUAUUAUAAAAAUAUUAACUUUAUUCACAUACUAAAGAGACAGGACAGGCUACUCCU